AUGGAAGAUGAGUAUGGAAUUGAUGCAUUUGGUCAUGACAUGCAUGGCGGCUAUCAUGUGGGAAACGGUCAUCCAGGGAUGCACUUCCCCUUGUCCAGUCUCCAUCAGAAUGAUUCCCCAGUACCCAGCUCCAUUACACCACCAGAACAACAGACAGUGUUCAUGUCUCCAGUGAGACCCAACACCGGAACUGAAGGCAGGACAAUCUCUCUGCGAGCCAACCACUUCCAGCUUCAGGUGCGGAAAGGAAUUAUCUAUCAUUAUGAAGCACUGAUCACACCAGACAAAUGCCCUCGUAGGGUCAAUAGGGAAAUUAUUGACACCAUGGUCACCGCAUACCAGCAGAAGAUCUUCCAUGGGCAGAAGCCUGUCUUUGAUGGGAAGAAGAAUCUUUACAGCAAAGAACCACUUCCAGUUGGUAUGGAACAGGUGGAGCUGGAAGUCACAUUACCUGGUGAAGGUCGGGACCGUGUUUUCAAUGUGGCCAUCAAGUUUGUUGGUCAAGUAAGCUUCUCUUCUCUCAUGGAGGCACUGGACGGCAAGACACAGACUAUACCUGGAGAUUCCUUGCAGGCUCUUGAUGUGGUCUUGAGGCAGCUCUCCAGCAAAAUCUAUACACCAGUGGGCAGGUCUUUCUUCUUUCCUCCUGAUGGUCGUGGUGAAUCUCUUGGUGGUGGCAGGGAGGUGUGGUUUGGCUUUCACCAGUCCGUACGACCAUCACAUUGGAAGAUGACACUAAACAUUGAUGUGUCUGCAACAGCUUUCUACAAGAAGCAGCCUGUCAUUGACUUCAUGUGUGAGGUGCUGGAUCUGAACAAUGUCGGAGACCAGAAGCGGCCCCUUGGAGAUGCCCAGAGGGUCAAGUUCACAAAGGAGAUCAAGGGCCUGAAAGUUGAAAUCACCCACUGUGGCACAAUGCGACGCAAGUACAGAGUCAUCAAUGUCACCAGACGACCUGCACAAACACAGUCAUUCCCCCUUCAGAUGCAAAAUGGCCAAACUGUUGAAUGCACAGUGGCUCGUUACUUUAUGGAACGUUAUAAGAUGAAGUUAAAACAUCCAUAUCUUCCAUGUUUACAAGUUGGGCAGGAGCAGAAGCAUACAUUUCUUCCGCUAGAAGUGUGUAUCAUUGUUGGAGGACAGCGUUGUAUCAAGAAGCUGUCAGAGACUCAGACAUCUCUGAUGAUCAAGACCACUGCAAAAAGUGCACCUGACAGAGAGAAGGAAAUUAACAACCUGAUCCGUAAGGCAAAUUUCAACGCAGAUCCAUACCUGCAGACAUUUGGUAUCAGUAUCCACACACAGAUGAUGGAUGUCACAGGCAGGGUCUUAACUGCUCCAAAGCUACAGUAUGGAGGACGGACAAAAGCCCAAGCGAUACCUAACCAAGGAGUGUGGGAUAUGAGAGGCAAACAGUUUUACCAAGGCAUCGAGAUUCGCCUAUGGGCCCUGGCUUGCUUUGCUCCACAGGCGACCGUCAGAGAAGAUACUCUAAAGAGUUUCACCAAGCAGCUUCAGCAGAUCUCCACUGAUGCUGGGAUGCCCAUCAUGGGUCAGCCUUGCUUCUGUAAAUAUGCCACUGGCCUGGACCAGGUAGAGCCCAUGUUCAGGUACCUGAAAAACACCUACCAGGGACUGCAGCUUAUCAUUGUUGUCCUGCCCGGCAAGACUCCUAUUUAUGCUGAAGUGAAGAGAGUUGGCGACAUCUGCUUUGGCCUGGCCACCCAGUGCGUGCAGUCGAAAAAUGUGAACAAUUUGAACAAAAACAGCCUGCAGACUCUGUCCAACCUCUGCCUGAAGAUCAACGUCAAGCUGGGCGGUGUCAACAACAUCUUGCUUCCCAGCAUUAGACCGCAUGUGUUUCAUGAACCGGUGAUAUUCCUGGGUGCUGAUGUGACACACCCACCAGCUGGUGACACCCAGAAACCAUCCAUUGCUGCUGUUGUUGGCAGCAUGGACGCCCAUCCCAGCCGUUACUCUGCCACAGUUCGAAUACAGGACCAUCGGCAGGAAGUUAUUCAUGACCUUUCUGCCAUGGUGAAGGAGUUACUGAUCCAGUUCUAUAGAACGACAAGUUUCAAACCCACCAGGAUUAUCUUCUACCGUGGGGGAGCUAGUGAAGGACAGUUUAGUACAGUUCUGGGCUAUGAGCUGCGUGCUAUCCGUGAGUGUUGCAUGAAGCUGGAAGUGGACUACCAGCCUGGCAUCACCUUCAUUGUGGUUCAGAAGCGCCAUCACACCCGUCUGUUCUGUGCCAACAGCAACGACCGGACAGGUAAAGGUGAGAAUAUCCCUGCUGGGACAGCCGUAGACCAGGGCAUCACACACCCCAGAGAGUUUGACUUCUUCCUCUGCUCUCAUGCUGGAGUUCAGGGUACCAGCCGUCCGUCUCAUUACCAUGUGCUCUGGGAUGACAACCACUUUAAAGCCGAUGAACUUCAGAUCCUCACAUAUCAGCUCUGCCACACGUACGUGCGCUGUACCCGCUCUGUCUCCAUUCCAGCUCCUGCCUUUUAUGCCCACCUUGUGGCAUUCAGAGCCCGAUACCACCUGGUGGAUAAAGAGCACGACAGCGGUGAGGGCAGCCGACACUCAGACAGCACAGAUGACAGAAACUCUGUGAACCUAGCUCAUGCGGUCACUGUACACCCGGACACCUGCAGGGUCAUGUACUUUGCCUAG